UUACUUGGGAAAAGAGGAAGAAGAAUAUUACCACCAAAAUAAGCCAUUUCAGAAGAACAACACCAAACAAAAAAAUUCUUUUCGACAUUCCAAUGGAAAAAGUGCGCGAAAAUCGACGCUGCAUUUAUAAGUCAUUACCGACACAGAUUUCCGACGGCAGCGGUCGCAAAACUUAAAUAUAUAUUGGGAACAAAACCCUCAUUUUUUCUCAAUUCUCACUUCCUCGCCUCACUUUUUUUCUCUGCUCUUUCCUUGGCGAUUCACCUCUUAGGACAGCGAAAGAAAGCCGUCCAGUAGCGCCGCCGUUGACGGCAGCACCACCGCUCAGUCGAGAUGACAUCUCAGGAGAACGAUCGUCCACUAAGUGCUAGUGCAGUGAAACGUAAAUCUAAGGGAAAGAAAAAAGUUUCUGAGACUACAGGUACACAGAGUCAAAAGUUUGUAGAGGUUGGAACGCUAGAUGAUUUUGGGAGGCUGGUUAUCGCUCCUGCUGAGACUAAUGGGUUUUUUCCCUCCAUCGAAUCUAUGAAUAUGAUUAUGGAUUCUAUAAAGUCAUUUUAUCAUGAUGCUUGGAGUUCCUGGGACGAGAUACCUGUCUUUGACAGAGAGAAGAUGUGGAAUCACUUUAGGACGAAGUGUGCAUGGUAUCCCAAAGACGAUUAUAAGAUGUUUUGUAAUUUUGAGCUAAACGCUAUGUAUAUGUUUAACGAUAUCUUGGAGAGUGCUUGGGAAAAGAAUCAGAAGCCUGAUUGGAUGCCAGAAGGUAUAUGGGCUAAACUUGAUGAAAAGCGGACCACUGCAAAAUUUCAAAAGACGAGCAUCGAAGCAAAGGCACCACGAGCUUCCAACAAGGGUGACUCAUUGCACAUCGGGGGUUCAGCUAGUAUGGGAACUCAUCAAAGGAAAUUGGAAAAGAAAAAAGGGAGAACUAUGACUUAUGAUAAGGUCUUAGAGGAGAAACAGGUGAAAAAGAAAAAGGAUGGUCGUGGUACUUUGGUGGAGCCACAUGUUGAGAGGACAAAUGUUGGGUAUAAAAGAAGCUUGGAUGAAUGGCGUCAAAGUCAACCUACUUCUGAGGAUGAUAGCUCAAAACAAUCAUCAGACGAGGAUGAAGCUUCAAUAUUGCCGAAGAAGACUGGUGGAGUAAAGAAACGUAAAGCAAGCGGCCUUGGAUCAGAGCAUUGCGUAGGCUGUAUCACGUAUGGAUAUACUGCUGCUUCUUUAAGUUCUCCGUUGAAACAGAAUGAGGAAGAGAUAGAUUCAUUGCAGAUACAAGUACAAGAGUUGUUGAAAAAGCAAAAAGCAGACCGUUUAAGAUUUGCUGGACUGGAGAAUCUAGUGCGUCAUCUCUUAGACAAAUGCUGAUAUGAUGAGCCUGACAAUGAGUCUGAUAGGAGCAUCAGUUUGUUGUGCUUGUGAUGUUGAAACAUUUACUUGUUUGGUUCCGUUGGGAUAUUACUUGAACGGUGUUUGGAUGUUUUAGACUUGCUUUUGGAUGCUCUACUUGAACGGUGUUUGGAUGUUUUAGUUAUAAACGUUUAUGU